AUGGAUCCAUUAUCUUCAUCAUCUUCAUCAUCACCAUCGUCCGAAGAAAUUUAUUCAGCUUCAGAAUUUUCAAUUGCUUUGUCGUUUCUAAAUUUAUCCACGGGUAGUAGCCUACCUUUUUUGCAAAGUGUUCUUGACGCGGUUGAAGACGACACAGCAAGCUCAACCAAAACUCGCGCCUACAUCGAGCAGUUUUGGGAACGAGCUCACGAAACACUUAUGCAUGACUACUUUGUUGAAAACCCAAAGUUUGGCCCGGUUUGGUUUCGUGAAAGAUUUAGAAUGAGUCAAAGGUUAUUUUUAAAGAUUGUUACUGAUAUUGAGCAACGCGCGAUCAUCGAGUUAUAUCGUGACGAGUACUUACGUAGGGCGACUAGUCAUGAUGUUGCCCGGUUAUACAAAGCGCAUGAACGGAUACACAAGAUUCCGGGAAUGCUAGCAAAUCUUGAUUGUACGCAUUUUGUUUGGAGAAAUUGUCCUAAAGCGUUGAAGGGACAAUACAAGAUAGGUGAUCAUCCAUACCCAAUGGUUACGCUUGAAGUCGUUGCUUCUCAAGACUUGUGGAUUUGGCAUGCUUUUUUUGGUCCUCUAGGGUCGCUCAACGAUAUCAAUGUAUUGAAUCAAUCGACUUUAUAUAUGAGGGAGUGA